UCUUGUGGGACCCAAGCAUGGAGAAGACUCUGAAGAAUAUUCUUGUUAUUUCAUUUGGAUUCUUAUUUCUAUUUACUGCAUAUGGAGGGCUCCAGAGCCUCCAGAGCAGCCUCCACUCUGAUGAAGGCCUGGGUGUUGCCUCCCUGAGCGUAAUUUAUGCCGCUCUUAUCCUGUCUUCCAUGUUUCUCCCGCCAAUCCUCAUUAAGAAGUUUGGAUGCAAGUGGACUAUUGUGGGUUCCAUGUGCUGCUAUAUUACAUAUUCUUUGGGCAACUUCUAUGCUAGCUGGUACACACUGAUCCCAACAUCUAUGAUCCUUGGACUGGGAGGAGCACCACUCUGGUCAGCAAAGUGUACAUAUCUCACGAUUGCUGGCAACUCAUAUGCUCAGAAAGCAGGGAAAAUUGGAGCCAACAUUGUCAGCCAGUAUUUCGGAAUCUUCUUCCUGAUAUUCCAGUCCUCUGGAGUCUGGGGGAAUCUUAUAUCAUCACUGGUAUUUGAACAGUCACCCAAUAAAGUGGAAAUCUCAGAAGCAGACCUGGCAUGCUGUGGUGCAUAUAACUGCAUGACAACAAAUACUACAAACAACACUGCAACUUCAACAGGACCAAGUGAUACUUUGGUCUAUACUCUGCUAGGAAUCUAUACAGCUAGUGGGAUCCUAGCUGUGUUGAUAGUCAUUAUAUUUCUGGAUCGGAUCACAGACAAUGAAUCAGAGGGUGAAGUAAAGAAGAUACCAUCCUUUUGGUCCACUUUCUUGGCAGCAUUCCGACAUCUUAAAGAUAAACGCCAAUGUCUCCUGAUUCCUCUGACCAUGUACAGUGGGUUUGAACAAGGAUUCCUUGCUGGUGACUAUACCAAGUCCUAUGUGACCUGCGCCCUCGGGAUAAAUUUUGUCGGCUACGUGAUGAUCUGCUUCUCAGCUACAAAUUCUCUCUGCUCCAUGCUCUUUGGAAAGAUUUCCCAAUUCACUGGCAGAAAAUCUCUCUUUGCACUGGGUGCAGUUCUGAACCUUGCCUGUGUAAUAACACUGUUGAUCUGGAAACCUCAACCAAAGCACCUGGCUGUUUUCUUCAUAGUACCUGCCUUCUGGGGUGUGUCUGAUGCUAUUUUGCAGACACAGACCAAUGCUCUCUAUGGAGUUUUAUUUGAAAAGCACAAGGAAGCUGCAUUUGCUAAUUAUCGCCUGUGGGAAUCACUGGGAUUUGUCAUUGCCUUUGGCUACAGCAUUUUCUUACAUGUCUACAUCAAACUGUAUAUUUUAUUGGCUGUACUGGCAGUGGCCAUGGUCUUAUAUGGAAUAGUCGAGUACCUGGAAUCUAAGACUUCUCCUGGAACACCCGACACUGCAAAGCAGGAGACCGUCAGUAAAACAGUUUUUUAA